AUGUCAGGACGUCUAGCGUCGUGUGUUCACAUGUCAACGGCGGGCGUCGGUCAUCUUGGAGGGCUACAGGAGGGAACAACGGCGGCGUCGGCCAUCUUGGAGGGCUACAGGAGGGAACAACGGCAGGCGUCGGCCAUCUUGGAGGGCUACAGGAGGGAACAACGGCAGGCGUCGGCCAUCUUGGAGGGCAACAGGAGGGAACAACGGCAGGCGUCGGCCAUCUUGGAGGGCUACAGGAGGGGCAACGGCGGGCGUCGGACAUCUUGGAGGGCUACAGGAGGGAACAACGGCGGCGUCGGCCAUCUUGGAGGGCUACAGGAGGGAACAACGGCAGGCGUCGGCCAUCUUGGAGGGCAACAGGAGGGAACAACGGCAGGCGUCGGCCAUCUUGGAGGGCUACAGGAGGGGCAACGGCGGGCGUCGGACAUCUUGGAGGGCUACAGGAGGGAACAACGGCAGGCGUCGGCCAUCUUGGAGGGCUACAGGAGGGAACAACGGCGGGCGUCGGCCAUCUUGGAGGGCUACAGGAGGGAACAACGGCGGGCGUCGGCCAUCUUGGAGGGCUACAGGAGGGAACAACGGCAGGCGUCGGCCAUCUUGGAGGGCUACAGGAGGGAACAACGGCAGGCGUCGGCCAUCUUGGAGGGCUACAGGAGGGAACAACGGCAGGCGUCGGCCAUCUUGGAGGGCUACAGGAGGGAACAACGGCAGGCGUCGGCCAUCUUGGAGGGCUACAGGAGGGAACAACGGCGGACGUCGGACAUCUUGGAGGGCUACAGGAGGGAACAACGGCAGGCGUCGGCCAUCUUGGAGGGCUACAGGAGGGAACAACGGCGGACGUCGGACAUCUUGGAGGGCUACAGGAGGGAACAACGGCAGGCGUCGGCCAUCUUGGAGGACUACAGGAGGGAACAACGGCGGGCGUCGGCCAUCUUGGAGGGCUACAGGAGGGAACAACGGCAGGCGUCGGCCAUCUUGGAGGGCUACAGGAGGGAACAACGGCAGGCGUCGGCCAUCUUGGAGGGCUACAGGAGGGAACAACGGCGGGCGUCGGCCAUCUUGGAGGGCUACAGGAGGGAACAACGGCAGGCGUCGGCUAUCUUGGAGGGCUACAGGAGGGAACAACGGCAGGCGUCGGCCAUCUUGGAGGGCUACAGGAGGGAACAACGGCGGGCGUCGGCCAUCUUGGAGGGCUACAGGAGGGAACAACGGCAGGCGUCGGCCAUCUUGGAGGGCUACAUGAGGGAACAACGGCAGGCGUCGGCCAUCUUGGAGGGCUACAGGAGGGAACAACGGCGGGCGUCGGCCAUCUUGGAGGGCUACAGGAGGGAACAACGGCAGGCGUCGGCUAUCUUGGAGGGCUACAGGAGGGAACAACGGCAGGCGUCGGCCAUCUUGGAGGGCUACAGCAGGGAACAACGGCAGGCGUCGGCCAUCUUGGAGGGCUACAGCAGGGAACAACGGCGGGCGUCGGCCAUCUUGGAGGGCUACAGCAGGGAACAACGGCGGGCGUCGGCCAUCUUGGAGGGCUACAGGAGGGAACAACGGCAGGCGUCGGCCAUCUUGGAGGGCUACAGGAGGGAACAACGGCAGGCGUCGGCCAUCUUGGAGGACUACAGGAGGGAACAACGGCGGGCGUCGGCCAUCUUGGAGGGCUACAGGAGGGAACAACGGCGGGUGUCGGCCAUCUUGGAAGACAACAGGAGGGAACAACGGCAGGCGUCGGCCAUCUUGGAAGGCAACAGGAGGGAAAAUUCCGUCCCAGGCAAUAGUGAGAAGAUCAGGUCAGGUCAUUCUCUACCAUCAACUAAGGAUCAGAGACGUUGCCAUGAUGUUACAACCCACGUAACUCUGUAUAGUUGA